AAAAAAAGGAAAUUACAUUAACGCGUUAGAACAAAUUAUCCUCAAGAGUUUUCUUGUUUAUAUAAACAUAACAUUACACCUUCACUUCUCCACAAUUUCAGAUUUCACAACAAUCUCCUCUCCCAUACGACUAAUCUUUUCUCUCUAUCUCUGAGUUUUGUCUAAUUUCACUACGAUCGACGAUGGAAACUGAAUCAAUCAAACUCGAUGUUCAAGUAACGACUACGUCUCAAGAUCCGUCGUUAGGGUUGUUAAGCACGGUAAUAAUCACUCUUGACAGAGAUCUGGAGGAAUAUGACGAGAAUGUUGAUAGCAUCAAGAGCCUCGGAUCUUACCCUGAUUCUUCUACUCCCGACGAGUCACUAAUCAUUCUGAAACUCCCAACCUCCGAACCAGACUACAUCUAUCUAACUCUCCGUAGCAAACUCAAAGAUCAUCUCCACGAUCAUGUCUUGUCCGAAGAAAUAGCUGAUCAGAUUUUCGAAGCCCAACUAGGAACUCAAAGUAUUGAUCAGUUUCCGUUUCAACAACCUUUAUUCAUGCUAGUCUCCGUCAAAUUGACACAGAAGUUAUACACCUACGCGCCUUGUAACGCUUCUCCGUUGGCAACAGAUUUGACUAAGAGAGCAAAGUAGAAGAAUCGAACUCGCAUCUGUUUCAUGAAGAUUGUGUCGUUACUCAUGUUCUCUGUGGGGAACCUGUUUACGAACAACAAGAGUCUAAUUAGGGUUUUAUUCGUGUGUCGCAAGUCUAAGUUUAGUUUUAAUCUCUGUCGUAGACGUUUAAGAUGCUAAUUAGGGUUUUCUCAUUGUCUAUGUAUUGAUCUCAAUACCUUUUUGUUGACAACAUUCAAUGCAGUUUACUUUAAUAAAACUCAGAGUCUCAAUUUGAAAUUCACUUAAAAAUUGUCAUUACAAGUUUGAUACUUGUAUGAUACACAACAUUGAUGUUAAAAUCGAAUUUUUAUUCAGAUAAAAGACAAGUGAACUUGAAGAACUAAAAUUCAGAUUCUCGAAUUGUAAUGCUUACAUUACAAGUUUGUUUCUUGUUUUUAACAAAAAU